UUUUUUCUUACUCAAGUCCUCCCUUUACCUUUGAACUUCGCUAGGGUUUGGGUUUGCUCUCUGGUCGAAUCUGGAUUGCUUGAUCUCUGCCUUCAUUCUUCAGCGCAAUCGGUAGGCUAGCGGGAGGUUGUGGAGGAUGUCGCUAAGGCCGAGCGAGAGAGCGGAAGUCCGCCGGAACAAGUACAAGGUUGCCGUCGACGCGGAGGAGGGAAGGCGGCGGAGGGAGGACAACAUGGUAGAGAUCCGAAAGAACCGGCGGGAGGAGAGUCUCCUCAAGAAACGGAGGGAGGGGAUGCAACCUGUCCAGUCCGUUCCCCAGCCUAUCCACACCGCUGCCGUCGAGAAAAAGUUGGAGAACCUCCCUGCAAUGGUGGCAGGCGUUUAUUCUGAUGAUAACUCUUUGCAGAUAGAGGCAACUACACAGUUCCGGAAACUACUCUCUAUAGAACGAAGCCCUCCAAUUGAGGAGGUGAUACAGACUGGGGUCGUUCCUCGAUUUGUUGAGUUCCUUAUGAGGGAAGAUUUUCCUCAACUUCAGUUUGAAGCUGCUUGGGCCCUCACCAAUAUUGCUUCAGGGACCUCAGAACACACUAAGAUUGUAAUAGACCAUGGAGCAGUUCCCAUUUUUGUCAAACUUCUCAGUUCCCCCAAUGACGAUGUCCGAGAACAGGCUGUGUGGGCCUUGGGUAAUGUGGCUGGUGAUUCACCAAGAUGUCGAGAUCUUGUACUUGGUAAUGGAGCUUUACUCCCGCUCCUGCAGCAGCUGAAUGAGCAUGCUAAACUCUCCAUGUUAAGAAAUGCCACAUGGACUCUGUCAAACUUCUGCAGAGGGAAGCCGCCACCAGUUUUUGAACAGGUUAAACCUGCACUUCCAGCUCUCGAGAGGUUAAUUCAUUUGGCCGACGAAGAAGUACUGACAGAUGCAUGCUGGGCACUAUCAUACCUGUCAGAUGGUACCAAUGACAAAAUACAAGCUGUUCUUGAGGCUGGUGUCUGCCCUCGGCUUGUAGAACUUCUUCUCCAUCCCUCACCUUCUGUGCUUAUUCCAGCCCUUCGUACAGUUGGUAACAUUGUCACAGGAGAUGAUGUGCAAACUCAGUAUGUUAUCAAUCAUCAAGCACUUCCUUGCCUUCUGAACCUCUUGACUCACAAUCAUAAGAAAAGCAUCAAGAAGGAAGCUUGCUGGACCAUCUCAAACAUCACAGCUGGAAACAAGGACCAGAUUCAGGCUGUGAUAGUAGCUGGGAUUAUUGGCCCACUGGUGCAUCUAUUGCAAACUGUUGAGUUUGACAUCAAGAAGGAGGCUGCAUGGGCAAUCUCCAAUGCCACUUCUGGUGGUACUCAUGAUCAGAUAAAGUAUUUGGUUAGUCAGGGCUGUAUCAAACCCUUCUGUGAUCUCCUCAUCUGUCCAGACCCAAGGAUCGUUAUUGUUUGUUUGGAGGGGCUUGAAAAUAUCCUGAAAGUUGGUGAAGCUGAGAAGAACUUGGGUUCUACUGGAGGCCUGAACUUGUAUGCACAGAUGAUUGAUGAAGCAGAGGGUUUGGAGAAGAUUGAAAAUCUUCAGAGCCACGAUAAUACUGAGAUCUAUGAGAAAGCUGUAAAGAUUCUCGAAACAUAUUGGUUGGAGGAGGAAGAUGAAGCAAUGCCUGCUGGCGAUGCUUCCCAAACAGGAUUUGCUUUCUGAAAUGACCAGAACAAAGUUCCCUCUGGUGGAUUCAACUUCAGUUAAAUGCCAGCAGAGGAUCUCCUGGCAGCAGGAAAUUGUUCGAGUCUUUAGUCAUAUGGUAUGGAAGAUGGGAGGAGAAUCUUGAAUGUUUUCCGUGUCAACUCAGGUGGCUAAUGAAUUAUUUGUGGAAGUUGACGCCAUAUAUUGGUCGUCUACAAGUAAUAUUGUACAUACUCCAGAUUCAUUCAAACAUAUUUAGCUCGAGUCCGGUAUAUUUUGUAGUCCGAUACAAACAAUGACUAGCACAAAAUUUCAUGUUUCCGCCUUCGUGUACAACGUGAUAAUUUUUAGGUUCAAGCG